UUCCUGUGCUGUGGGAAGCACUCUCCGUUUGGGGACACGGCCAACGUCGAGCGCAAGACAUGCCCAUCCGGCCAGGUGCGCGAUGCGGGACAGGACUGCCUGCAAGAGAUCCGGAACUUCCUGAAGAAGCACAUGGAUUUUGUCUCCACACUCUUGGGCAUCACCAUCAGCUUCACGGUUUAUGGGAUGAUCCUGACUUCAUUCCUCUGGUUCUCCAUCCACUUCAGCAGCAACCUGGACCGGAAAGGCAAAUACAUCCUGCGAGAGAGGUAG